GUCGCCAUUUGCCAACCUCAGAUGAUCCGUGAUCCUCAGCUGACGCUCUACAUUCACUUGGUCGAACAGUGAGAGCUUCUCAUCGUCAUCUCUUUCGAGGAUUUUCAACUCUCCAGCCUCCAACAUGUUGGGUCGAUCCGUGAACACCGUGGCCACUCUGGGCUCUCAGCCAUGCUUGGGCGUGUUCUACCAACAGAACCGUGGCAUGGCCAACCUGAAGGCCAUUGCCAUUCGCUUGAAGUCGGUCAAGAACAUCCAGAAGAUCACGCAGUCCAUGAAGAUGGUGUCGGCGGCUAAAUACGCUCGAGCUGAGCGCGACCUGAAGGCCGCUCGACCUUACGGAUUGGGUGCUCAAACCUUUUACGAGAAUGCGGAGGUCAAGGUCGAUGAGGCCAGUCAAACCCCCAAAGAGCUGUUUGUGGCCAUCACGUCGGAUCGUGGUUUGUGUGGCGCCGUUCACAGCUCCAUUUGCAAGUCCAUCCGAUCGGAGUUGUUGGCCAAGUCCGACUUGAGCAAUGUGGGCAUCAUCUGUGUGGGCGAUAAGUCCCGCGCCCAAUUGGGACGGUUGUUCUCCAAGCAAAUCUUGGCGGUGGGUAACGAUAUCGGUCGUCUGCCCCCUCAAUUCGGCGAUGCGUCCCGCGUGGCCAACGCCAUUCUCAACUCCGGAUUUGAGUUCGACAAGGGCACCUUGUUCUACAAUCAGUUCAAGUCGGUGGUGUCUUAUAAGACUAGCAAAUUGGACAUCUUCACCUUGGAGACGGUGAACAAGGCUGACAAGAUCACCCUGUACGACUCUUUGGAUGCGGAUGUGCUCCAAUCGUACCUAGAGUACUCCUUGGCCUCGAUGAUCUACUAUUGCUUCAAGGAGGGAGCUUGCUCCGAGCAAUCCUCUAGGAUGACGGCCAUGGACAACUCCAGCAAGAAUGCCGGCGAGAUGAUUGACAAGUUGACCCUCACAUACAAUCGAACACGUCAAGCCGUUAUUACUGGAGAGCUCAUCGAAAUUAUCUCCGGUGCUGCCGCUCUUUAAGAACUAAAUACUAUUCCAUUGAUCGCAACCCCCGGAAUAAUGACCAUCAGAAAAAGCAAAUACACACACCAAACUAAAUGUAACUUGGGUUGAAGAAGCAACAUUUUCUCGCAUUUUAUGCAGACUCGCUCGUUCAGAUUCACCUUGGAACCAGAGACCACCACAACAACUCCGACAUAGAGUGCGAAAGUGACACUUUUGUCUUUGUACACAUCUGAUUCUCGCGAUGAAAAUAAAUAUUUUAUGGACAA